GCACUGGGCAAGCACUGGAUCGGGCACUGGAUAAGCCGCCUACGGUGGAAUGUGUACUACUUCUAUGUAGCUUUUUCAACGACCCUGGUCCAUAUAGUAUUCAAAGAAAAGGAAUCGCUUUCUUUACUUCUUUAGCCAGUUUAGGUAGUUUCUCCAUAGAAACUGCAGGCGGCUGCUGCAUCAGCACAUUCGGUGGCGAUUGUGGUGGCGAUUGUGCUCGUAUCAACGUCCGAAUCCACCACGAAUCUGAGAAUAACAACUUGGCUUACUGAUAAGCAUAUACCUGAUUCUGCUCAAUUUCAAAUGCCGUCUGGAAACUCUUUCAAGCAAUACUGAGCUGGUGGGGCUGAGAAUUGUGCACAUUAUUGCACCUAUGAAGGAAAGGCUAUGAUGAUAUUGGCUCGGGGAGCAUGAGCGCCGGGGGGCAGUUCGGAGGGGCACGGGGCCUCAAGCCCCAACCCCCUGAGAAGGGAGUCUUUCCGCUGGAUCAUUUUGGGGAGUGCAAGCAGCAUAUGGCGGCCUACAUGGCCUGCUUGAAGGAGCAUGGGAGCCAGUCGGAGCCCUGCCGGGAGCUCUCCAAAACGUACCUGCAAUGUCGAAUGGAGCGUAAUCUGAUGGCGAAGCAAGACUUAGAGGAGCUAGGUUUUCGAGAGGGGUCGAACGAGCGGGAGCAACCAACUUCGUCGACUGAAACGGACGAGAAGAAACGGACGGGCUUCAUCGGCGGAUUAAGCAGUGUCAAGCGCUGAACCCUUGCAAGAUUCCCGAAGGUUCUGCGUGAGCUUACCGAUUUGACAUCCGCACGAGAUUAACUGCACUGAACAAACAGCAGACUGACGAUGUAAAGCACAUCAUCUACAUGACAGGAGGGCGGGCUGGGACAUGACGCAGGCCUACACAAAGCUCCUGAGGUUUUGCUAGCUACAAAGUUCUGACGUCGCUUUCCAACUAAUGUUGCCUUUCUUGCAAUCCCGCCGUUGGCGGUGGCGUUUGUGGUUCACGAUGAAAGUUGCAAACAAUGAUGCUUUCUGAAUUCUGUCACCCAUGCCUAAGCUGCCGCCAAAUGCAGGCCCUUCAACC